CCGCCUGAUCUCUCCUGACUCCUCAAAACCAAAGGCCCCCGGCCCAAGUCCUCCCCGGCAAACCGGAACCGGAGGUCCGGACCGAGGCUGGCUGCCAGUUCACUCCCUCCUUAUCCCAUCCUCGCAUGACCAAUCACCAAUCUCGUCAGCUCUGCGCCAACCUCUCUCGUUGACAAGAGGAACAUGUCUGCCCAUUGGCAGAGCUGCUCCCUCGUCCUACGCCAACGGUCAACUCCAUGGUGCUAAUCCUGCCACUACCGGACACUGGGAGCCCACUUGUUUUGCUCGCGUGCCGGGAUGCCCAAAAGGCCAAAACAGCAGCGGCCGCGGCCGGCGCCAACCUGCCCCUGCCCGUGAGUGAGUCCGACCAUUUCUUUACGGCAACUUGCGACCACCGCCGCCGCCCCGGCCAUCCAAUAUAAGCUCCCGUCCUUGUCCCGGCAUUCCACUCACGAACUCACGAUCACAUCAGGAAGCCAUCAAGCCACUCGACUCGGAACUCAGGAACUCAGGAUGCACUUGACGCGCAGCCCCGCGAGGACGACGAGGAAGGCCGCGGCCGCGGCGCACGCGCGUUCCGCGAGCGAGCCGUGCCACCCGGCGCUCGCGCUCCUCGAGGGCACCGUGCGCGCGCUCCGGGCGUGGUCCCGCUUCUGCGGCGGAGCGGCGGGCGGCUCCUCCUCGUCCUCCGGCUACGGCCUCGCGCUCCUGGAGGCUCUCCUCGCCGCGCUCGGCGAGACGCUCGCGACGCCGCGGGCCGCGGCGGCCCUCCGCGACGCCGGCGACCAGGCGCUUGACGCCUUGCUCGCGCUCGCGGACGCGUACGGCACGUUCGGCACCGCGAUGCUCGCGGCGAGGCAGAGCGUGGCGGGCGCACGGGCGGGCGCCCGGCGCGGGGACGACGCGGCGGUGGCCGCGUCGGCGCGCGCGCGCAGGCGGACCGAGAAGGAGCUGCGCCACCUCGCCGCCGCGAUGCGGCACGCCGCGGCGGUGCCGGGCUCCGCGAACGCGGCGGGCGCUGAAGUGAUCGGCGUCGUGGCGGAGGCGACCGUGGCCGCGGCGGAGGCGUCAGCGGUCAUCUUCUCGCGGUGCGCGGCCAUGUCGCCGGCCGUGUCGGCCGUGUCCUCGCACAAGUGGCUGGCGAGGCUGGGCGUCGCGCCGGCGACCAGCAAAGUAGCGCCGGGAAUGGCGGCAUCGGCAUUGGAGAGGCUUGAGGAGCUAGAGGAUUGCAUUGCCGGGCUGGAGAGCGGUAGCGAGAAGGUGUUCAGGAGGCUGCUGCAAGCUAGAGUUCUACUCCUUAACAUCCGUAAUCCCUUGUAAAGUUGUAAUUCCUCGGCUGUGUUGCACACUUGCGGUCAGGAUUUCAGAGGAUCAAAUAGGAAAUGUACAGUACAGAGUAGUGCAGUUGGGCAAAACUGACACUGGUUGCUUCUUGAACAGAAUCGUUUCUUCCCUUCACAUGGUAUUUUGAUCAACGAACAAAACUUAGUUCAUGGA